AUGGUUGCAGAGAUGGGAGAAGCAGCGCCGGCAGCAAUGGUGGAAACAGAAGUGGUGCCAGGGGCAGAGGGCAGCCAUGGCGAGGCGCUGAUGGUGCUGGAGACUCUGGCGUCGUCUUCGCUGGCCUGCUCCGUCCCGCAGUUCCCGACCAAGUGGAAUUCCGUCAAGGACAAGCUCCGCCAGCUCUGCUCCGGCCUCAGUUUGCUGCGCGGCAAUGGCGGCCACGGCGAGGAGGAGGAGGACGAGAAAGGGGAGGAAUAUCAUGUGCUGGUUCAGUUUCUGCAGUCUGCUUCGGCCACCGUGAGGGGCAUCCUGGACGUGGCCUCGCAGUGCAGCGACGGCACGUACGGCGGCGGGCGGCUGCGCCUGCGGAGCGACAUGGACGGCCUGAGCGCCAAGCUGGAGGCGCACGUGCGGCAGCUCAAGGAGAUGGCCUCCACCGGCGCGGCCACGUCGCCGUCGCAGGCCAUCGUCGCGGUGCGGCCGGGCGCCGACGCGGGCGUCGCCGAGAAGCGGUUCUUCCUCAAGGACCUCUUCUCCCGGAUCAGGAUCGGCGGGCCCGUGCAGCGGGCGCAGGCGCUGGCCACCAUCGCCGAGCUCAUGUCGGAGGACGAGGCGUGCGUGCGGGUGGUGGCGCUCGACGUGGACGACGGCGUCGCCGUGCUCGCCGGCUUCCUCGAGUCGCGGGACCCGCGCGUCCAGGAGGAGGCCGCGGGCGCGGUGGCCGUCGUGGCGGGGUCCGACUCGUACAGGGGCAUGCUGGUGAAGGCCGGCGUGAUCGCGCCGCUGGUGCAGGUGCUGGAGAACGCGGGCGGCGUGGGCGCAGCCACGGCGCUCGCCAGGGAGCGCGCGGCACAGGCGCUGCGGGAGCUGACGGAGAACUCGGACAACGUGUGGGCCGUGUGCGCGCACGGCGGCGUCACGACGCUCCUCCACGCCUGCGCCGACGCCGGCAGCGGCGGCCGGCUGCUCAGCUCCUCCUUCGCCGUGCUCCGGAACCUGAGCAGGGUGGAAGAAGUAAAGAUGUUCAUGGUGGAGCAGGGCGUGGUGACCGAGCUGGUAAAGCUCUCGCAGAAGAUGGAGGAGGUCCGCAAGCUCGGCGCCGUGGAGCUGCUGCACGCCAUGGCGCUCGACGACGCCGACGUGAGGGAAGAAGCCAUCAGCAUGGGGGUGAUCCAGUCGCUCCUCCAGCUGAUAUACCCGGACCUCCCCUACUCCUACAAGGCGCGCGAGGUGGCCCUCGCGGCCAUCUGGUUCUUCUGCUUCUCCUCGGCGAGCUCCAUCGACGACCUCACCAGCUCCGACGUGCUCGGCUGGCUGCUCCACUACCUCAACAACGGCGACUACGCGGUGCUGGACUGCACGCUCAAGAUCCUCCGCCACCUCGCGGAGGCCUCGGAGGAGUACAGCCGGAUGAUGGCCCGGGCCGGGUACUUCCCCGCGCUCGCCGGCCUGCUCGCCGCGAAGUCCUUCCGGGUGCGGGAGAUGGCGGCGCAGGUGCUGUCCAGCCUGCUGGCGCUGCACGGGAACCGGGUCAUCUUCAUCCAGGACGGCGACAACCUGGACCGGCUGCUGCAGCUGCUCGACCCGUCCGAGGGCAAGCUGAUGGCCAAGGGGCUGAUCCUCUCCGCCGUCACGUCGCUGGCCGAGACCGGCGCCGGGAGGAAGAAGAUCGUGUCGUCGGAGCACUUCGGGAGCCUCAAGGAGCUGGCCGACUCCGGCGACCCCGACGCCAAGAAGGUCGUCAAGAAGAUCGCCAACAGCAGCAGGCUGCAGUCGAUGUUCAGCAAGAUAUGGAGCGCCUAA